UGUCACGCCUCCUAAUAUCAUAGCUCUGGUUAUUGUGAGCCGGGAGGAGGAACGGGGGAGAAGAAGAAGAGAUAAUUUCCCAAAGAAAAGCCAUGGGGAAGCCGAAGCCCCCUUGCUCGAUCGCCCUGCUUCUCUUCUCCUUUCUUCUUUUUCGCUUCCCCUCCUCCCAAGCUCAGCAAGAAUACUUGAACAACGCGCAAUUGGACUGCUACGGCACCAACGGCUCCUCCACCCUGGGCUACUCCUGCAACGGGCAGCGCAACUCCUGCUCCACCUUCCUCACCUUCCGAUCCCAGACCUCGUAUCAGUCCCCCUACCAAAUCGCCAACCUCCUCAACGCCAACGCCUCCAAUAUCUCCACCAUCAACGGCGUCGCCAACGCCUCCCAGGUCCCGGUCUCCGACCUCGUCCUCGUCCCUAUCUCCUGCUCCUGCUCCGGCGAUUACUACCAGCACAACGCCUCCUACACUCUCAAAUCGACCAUCGAGACUUACUUCAUCACCGCCAACGACACCUACGAGGGCCUCUCCACCUGCCAGGCCCUCAUGGCCCAGAACCCCUACGACAGCCGGAACCUCGCCGUCGGCGAGAAGCUGGUCAUCCCCUUGCGCUGCGCCUGCCCCACCGCCAACCAGACGGCUAGCGGCUUCAAGUAUUUGCUCACCUACUUGGUCGCCACCGGCGACGACUUUGACGCGAUAGCCCAGAGGUUCCGCACCGACUCCCAGUCGAUCAUGGACGCGAAUAACUUGUCAUCCAGCUCCGUCAUCUAUCCUUUCACCACGCUUCUGGUGCCCCUCAAGACCGAGCCCUCCAAGGAGGACCUCGUGAACCCGCCUCCGCCGCCUUCCCCGCCUCCGCCGCCUUCCCCUGCAGCGACCGGCGACAAAGGCAGCUCUGACAAGAAAUGGAUAGGGAUCGGAAUUGGAAUCGGAGUCGGUGUUUUAGCCAUUUGUGGAGUUCUAAUUUGGUUCUUGUGCUGGCGGCGCCCCGAACGCAAGCCAAUUCCUCAAGCUCCCAAAAUCGCCGAGUCGCCGUCGGAUGCUUUGGUUUCUAGCGAGAUCCAUAGCGUCAUCGGGUCGCUGACGUUGUAUAAGUUCCAGGAAUUGGAGAGGGCCACCGGGUCUUUCGGGGAAGAUCACAGGAUCAAAGGAUCCGUUUACCGGGCUGUCAUCAACGGGGACAAUGCAGCGGUGAAGAGGCUGAAAGGUGAUGUGUCGAACGAGAUCGAUAUAUUGAAGCAUGCCAAUCACUCCAACGUGAUCAGGCUGUCCGGCUUCUGCCUCCACGAAGGGAACACCUACCUUGUCCAUGAGUUCGCCGAGAGGGGAUCUCUCAGCGACUGGCUUCAUCAGAAGAAGGAUUGGAGUGGUUCGAGUCAUCUUGUCUGGCGGCAGAGAGUUCGGAUUGCUUUCGACGUGGCUGAUGGGCUCAAUUAUCUGCACAAUUACACGAACCCGCCGUAUAUUCACAAGAACUUGAAGAGCAGCAACAUCCUCCUUGACAGGGAGUACAGAGCAAAGCUCUCCAACUUUGGCCUGGCGAGACCGGUGGAGGAUCGGGAAGGCCCGCACCUCACGAGGCAUGUUGUUGGUACUCAGGGAUACCUGGCGCCAGAGUAUCUAGAGCAUGGGCUCAUUACCCCUAAGUUGGAUGUUUUCGCAUUCGGAGUGGUCAUGUUGGAGUUGCUGUCAGGUAAGGAAGCUACCUUCGCCAAGGAAGGUGAUGAGAAAAAGGAAGUGCUGCUGUGGUCGUCGAUAGGAGAAGUUCUCAGCGGAGAAGACGUGAGGAGUAAGUUGAGGAGUUUUGUGGAUCCUUAUCUACAGAAUGAUUAUCCCUUUGAUCUAGCAUUUGCCAUGGCUGAAUUGGCAAGGCGCUGUGUAGAACGCGAGCCUGCAUCGCGCCCAACGGUGACUGAGGUCUUUCUGUCCCUGGCAGCAAUUUAUAAUUCUACUUUGGAUUGGGAUCCAUCAGACUUUACGAACUCUGGCUCAACGGUCCAUGUAAGGAAUCAGAUAUCAGAUUCACUCUUGCUGAACAUUAGAGAUUAGGCACGUUCUCUUUUUCAUGUAAGCAUACUCUCGAUCUCCCAUUUACGUUUUGUGCUGAAACUCUAUAUGCCCUGCUUUUGGUACAACGCCUAUUAAAGCAGAAGGAAAUUUGUGACAUGUACUCUUUUGUGAUAGCGAAUCACUUGAGCUAUAUAUAUUAUACUUUGCCACAAGUAGGUUUAAAUUCCGCUUUGCGACAGCCGUACUCUUCGAAGAUGUAUCAUCUAUGUGUAACAUCUGGAGAAUUUAUUGAAAGAAAUGUUAGUUGUUUUAA